UUCUGAAAGCUAUUAUUUGAAGUUAUUAUUACUAUUAGUAGUAGUUAUCAUUUCUUAAUUUACCACAGAGAAUAUAAUUAAAUUUUUUUGCCGUUUUGUGGUCAUUGUACAUAAUAAGAUAGUCCCUAGCAUUUUGAUAUUGCGCUUAUGACCGCCACAGGUCACUCCUUUGACACUGUGUUAAUGAGUGUCAGGGUGAAACACCUUCCUCAAAUGCCAUUUUGUUUGCAUGUCAUCAUCACAUUAAUUACAAAUUCAUCAUCCCCAUUGUAAUCUUCCAAAUGGGCGACCUUUGGCUAUGGCGAUACUCAGAUAAAAAUGUGUUUUAUUUCAGUCUGACUCAUAAUAAUACUUCUAUGUUAUCUGACUUUGAAAAUGUCACUGGUCCUGUCUCAGUUCACCUUUGGGAAAAGCAAUUUUCAAGAGAAAAUGAAAAUUAUAUAUCCGGAAGUUAUACCUGGUCAUGUGUAGCAUAAAAUGGCUAAGCUGAUAUAAAUAAUUAUGAUAUCAUUCACCAUGCCUUGAAUAUAUCCCCGUAGUGCUGUCUAUGAGUGUUAAAUCUUAUCAAGGGAAUUCAUGGAAACAUGCGUAAUUAGGCCGAAAAGGAUUAUUCCAUGUAUUCAGAUAAUGUCAGUUCACUAUUAUUAUUUUUAUCAUUUUUGUUUUUGAAAUAAAUUCAAAUUUGUAACACUCUUCCUUUAGGACUCUGUUUUUUGAUGAUACCUUAUCUAUUUAUUGUGCCAGUAUUCAUUCACAAUAAAUUGCAUGGCGGCUAAAGACCAUGAAAGAUGGUUUUCAUAGUGCCUACACAUAGCACUACAUUAUAGCAUUUAUAUAUAUGUAAAUGUGUAAAAUAUACAGAGACAGAGAAUUGUAAUUGGUCAGUGUGCCAUAUGUUUCAUGCAUAUCACAACAUGACCCAACGUUUUACAUAUUAAAUGUAAGUUUGAUCUGAUGACGUCAUUAUAUUGUUAUGGGAAACCAAAGUGCUUCACAUGCUGAAACACUAUAAGAUCAUAGGGGCCUCUGAUAUAUUUGUUAAUUAUGCCACCUUUGGUCUGCUUUUUGUCUCCAUAAAGGUCACUGACUGUAUCUGUUUUUCGAAUCUGUUCUCCUCACGUAGAAGGCCUGCAAGUGCGUACGUAGUAUGUAUAUCUCCCUUUCACGGCUCCAAACCCCUUUAUAAACCACGCCUGGGUCACCUAGAAAGGCACAGCUCUUGCAAACCAGGAGGCAGAAAGCCAAGUACUGCUCAAAGCAAAUAAUCGACCGUCAUUUUAACCACAUCUCGCCAUCUUGAAUUUCCUUUUGACGCUAUGUGGAAAGCUGUGGUACUCGCUGUGUGUCUGAUGGUGGCUGGGGUUCAGCCCAAGGAGGACCAAGCAUACGGGGUGAAGCUCUGUGGCCGUGAGUUCAUCCGGGCGGUCAUCUUCACUUGUGGGGGCUCACGAUGGAAACGAUCACUCAGGAGCGCAGAUGACUCAGAGGACCCGUUUAGCUCCCGUCAGGAUGAGGACUUCGAAGGCUUGAGUCCCAACUCGCUGGAGAGUCUUCUCCAAAGGACCAGAGAUCUUAGAGUCCCACCUAGAGACAGCCAGGACGGAGUGUUCAGCAGGCCGACACGCUCUUUCAUCACUGAGGAGAUCCUGGAGGCCCUGCGCAAGGCUGACCGCAAGGGCCGCGAUGUGGUGGUGGGUCUGUCCAAUGCCUGCUGCAAGUGGGGCUGCAGCAAGAGUGAGAUCAGCUCCCUUUGCUGA